AUGAAGCGCAUCAGACAUGGAAUGGCCGCGGGCGAAGUCUAUCAGAACCUGCGCGACGGACCAGGAAUCCAGGAUCGGGUACAAAGGCAACCUCGAGGAUACCAGCCGCGAGCGAGGACAGCUUUGAUAGCCCCAACGACAGCGGUGUUCGCUUCGCCGGCAUGGAUGAUGCUCUGCGAGGGUGCCGACUUCAAGGCCUUUGGCUUUGUACAGCUGGACAUUAAUGCUGCCGACUGCGAGCAAAAGGUCGAUGUCUUCGAAGUGGAGCAGGAUACUGCCGUCGCUCCAAUUGCUUAG